AUGCGUCAGCCACAAGGUUUUGAGGAUCCAAAACAUCUCAGUUAUGUUUGCAAGUUACGAAAGUCUCUUUAUGGUCUUAAGCAAGCUCCAAGGGCUUGGAAUGCCAAAUUCACAGGUUAUCUUCCAGCCAUUGGUUUUGCAUCAUCUCACUCUGACCCUAGCUUAUUUGUGAAGCAUCUAGGUUCAGAUAUUGUGAUCCUUCUCUUAUACGUGGAUGAUAUAAUAUUGACUGGCUCAAAGGUGGCUUUGGUGCAAGAAGUUGUUGAUGAAUUAAGCUCAGCUUUUGAUAUGAAAGAUAUGGGGAAGUUGAAAUAUUUCUUAGGAUUACAGAUUUCUUAUAAUACAGCUGGAGAUAUUUUUGUUAACCAGGCUAAAUAUGCCAAAGAUUUGCUUGCUAAGGCUGGUCUGAGUUCAUGCCGAUCUUGUCCUACCCCUUGUAAACCACAUGGUCAAUUGUUAAAGACUGAAGGUGAUGCUUUGACUGAUCCUACAAUCUACAGAAGCAUUGUUGGUGCAUUACAGUAUUUAACAUUUACCAAACCUGAAAUCUUUUAUGCUGUUAACACAGUAUGUCAGUUUAUGACAACUCCUUCAGAGUUACAUUUUCAGUUAGUUAAGAAGAUUUUACGCUAUCUUCAAGGUACCUUGGAUCAUGGACUUACCUUUACUAGUGGUGCUUGGGAACUUAAUGCUUACAGUGAUGCAGAUUGGGCAGCAGAUAUAAGCACUAGACGAUCUACCACUGGUUUUGUGGCUUUCUUAGGCCAUAGUCCUAUCUCUUGGCAAUCUAAGAAACAGAACUCAGUCUCCAGGAGUUCAACCGAAGCAGAAUACAGAGCAUUAGCUCAUACAGCAGCAGAUUUGGCAUGGAUCAGACAAGUUUUGCUUGAUUUGAAAGUGUUUCUCCCUCAGCCUCCUACUAUACAUUGUGACAACCUUUCUGCUCUAGCAUUGAGUUCUAAUCCUGUGUAUCACUCACGGAUCAAACAUCUUGAUAUAGACUUUCAUUUUGUUAGAGAAAGAGUACAAAGAAGAGAUCUCUCCAUGCAGUAUAUUCCAACAGAUGAACAGGUUGCAGACAUAUUUACAAAAGGGUUACACAGUCCACUCUUCACAAAGCAUUGUGGUAAUUUAUGGCUUGGGAACCUAGCUGGAUUUGAGGGGGAAUGA